GAGCAGUGAGGAGGAAGGGAAAUAGCGUAAAUGAAUGCGAAAUAGAGAUCUCUACCUGCUUAUGGAACCACAUGUUAUGCUCUAAGCUCACCACAUGGGACAACGAAAGUGAAAAUACUCCCAGUACAAAACCUGCCGCAUCCCUAGAAAAUUCUAUUUUUCUCGAGAAACAAACAAUUCUACAAACCCUACCUUUCCUAGCCGGAUUGCUAGAAACAUAAAUGGCGGUUUCAGAGGAGGAGUGCUCGAAUGCCAAGUCCCGAUCGUCGUCUCCUUCAGCAAACGGCGCAUACUACCUGGCCAAGUGCGUUCUCAGAGGAAGCGUUGUUCUUCAGGUCGUCUAUGGCCACUUCCGCUCUCCUUCCUCCUACGACAUCGUUUUUGGCAAAGAGACAUCUAUAGAGUUGGUAAUAAUCGAUGAUGAGGGCAUUGUGCAGUCAAUUUGUGAGCAACCUGUAUUUGGCACAAUUAAAGAUCUUGCUGUCAUACCUUGGAACGACAAGUUCCACGCACGAAGCCCACAGAUGCAGGGAAAAGACCUUUUGGCUGUCCUUUCCGAUUCUGGGAAGCUAUCCUUUCUCACAUUUUGCAGGGAAAUGCACAGGUUCUUUCCUUUGACACAUGUUCAACUUUCCAAUCCUGGAAACUCAAGACAGCAACUAGGAAGAAUGCUUGCUGUUGAUUCCAGUGGCUGCUUCAUUGCUACCAGUGCAUAUGUGGAUCGAUUGGCUCUAUUCUCCCUUUCUUUAUCCGGGGGCAGUGAUAUCAUUGAUAAGCAAAUAUUUUAUCCUCCUGAAAAUGAGGGACAUACGAGUUUCACCAGAAGUGUCCAGAGGCCAAUUAUCUCUGGUACCAUAUGGAGCAUGUGCUUUAUUUCAAGGGAUUCUAGCCAACCAAGUAAGGAGCAUAAUCCUGUACUAGCCAUUAUUCUAAAUAGGAGAGGCGCACUCCUAAAUGAGCUUCUAUUAUUGGGAUGGAACAUUAGAGAACAUUAUAUAAAUGUUAUUUCAGUUUAUGUUGAAGCUGGACCAAUAGCGCAUGAUAUUCUUGAAGUUCCUCAUUCUAAUGGAUUUGCAUUUUUGUUCAGGGUUGGUGAUGCUCUCUUAAUGGAUCUAAGAGAUGCUCACAACCCCUGUUGUGUCUAUCGGACGAGCUUAAAUUUCUUGCCCACUGUAGUGGAGGAGCAGAAUUUUGUUGAAGAGCCAUAUAGGGUUCAUGACGUUGAUGAUGAUGGUUUGUUCAAUGUUGCUGCAUGUGCUUUGCUGGAGCUUCGGGAUUAUGACCCCAUGUGUAUUGAUAGUGAAGGCGGUAAUGUAAAAUCAACCUCAAAAUACGUGUGCUCUUGGAGUUGGGAACCAGAAAUUAAUAAAAAUCAUAGGAUGAUCUUUUGUAUAGACACAGGAGAAUUUUUUAUGAUUGAAAUUUCUUUUGAUAUAGAGGGCCUCAAAGUUAAUCUUUCUGAUUGUCUGUACAAGGGUAUACCAUGUAAGUCACUUUUGUGGGUUGAUGGUGGUUUUGUGGCUGCUAUUGUGGAGAUGGGGGAUGGGAUUGUUCUGAAAGUGGAAAAUGGAAAACUACUACAUAAAAGCCCUAUUCAAAAUAUUGCACCAAUCUUGGAUAUGUCAGUUGUGGAUUACCAUGAUGAAAAACGUGAUCAAAUGUAUGCCUGUUGUGGUGUGGCCCCUGAAGGGUCAUUAAGGAUUAUUAGGAGUGGCAUAGGUGUUGAAAAACUUCUAAGGACUGCACCUAUUUAUCAAGGCAUUACCGGUACCUGGACACUUCGGAUGAAAGUAACUGACUUGUAUCAUUCUUUUCUUGUGCUAUCUUUUGUUGAAGAGACCAGGGUGCUGUCAGUUGGAGUGAGCUUCGCUGAUGUGACUGAUUCAGUUGGUUUCCAGCCUGAUGUCUGUACUUUGGCAUGUGGACUUGUCGGUGAUGGUUUGCUUGUCCAAAUUCACCAAACUGCUGUUCAGCUUUGUUUACCCACCAAGGUUGCCCAUGCUGAAGGUAUACCUCUGUCUUCUCCAGUUUGCACAUCUUGGUUUCCUGAUAAUAUGAGUAUCAGUUUAGGGGCCGUUGGACAUGAUUUGAUUGUUGUAUCUACUUCUAAUCCAUGCUUUUUAUACAUUCUUGGGGUCAGAUUACUUUCAACUUAUCAUUAUGAGGUGUAUGAAUUGCAACAUUUGAGAUUGCUGAAUGAGCUAUCCUGCAUUUCGAUACCUCAAAAAUAUUUGGAACGAAAAAGAUUAAGUUCUAGCAAUUUUGUGGAUGAUAAUCAUGCACCUGCCCUUCCUGUUGGAGUUAACAUUGGUAAUACCUUUGUUAUUGGCACACAUCGGCCUUCUGUGGAGGUAGUGUCUUUUCUGCCUGACGAGGGCCUAAAAGUUCUUGCUAGUGGAACAAUCUCAUUAACAAAUACUCUGGGGACUGCUAUUAGUGGUUGCAUCCCUCAAGAUGUAAGGCUUGUACUGGUUGAUCGGUCUUAUGUCCUUUCUGGUUUGAGGAAUGGAAUGCUGCUUCGGUUUGAGUGGCCUCCUGCCCCUUCGAUGUCUUCAUUACAAUUACCUUGUUAUGGAUUUCCAAUUGAUUUAUGCAUGGAAAACGCUGGUGGAGGUUUAUCAAAUAUGCCUGCAAUGACUUUUGACCCACAGACAUGUGCUGUUGACGUAAUGAGCAAGACAAUGGAUGACCUUCCUGUCAAUCUACAAUUGAUUGCCACCCGUCGUAUUGGCAUUACUCCUGUUUUCCUCGUUCCUCUGAGUGAUUCUCUUGAUGCAGACAUGAUUGCACUCAGUGAUAGACCAUGGUUAGUGCAAACUGCAAGCCACAGCCUCUCGUUUACAUCAAUCUCAUUUCAGCCAUCGACUCAUGCCACGCCUGUAUGUUCGGCUGAAUGCCCAAAGGGAAUUUUAUUUGUUGCAGAUAACAGUCUACAUUUGGUUGAAAUGGUGCACAGUAAGAGGCUCAAUGUUCAGAAGUUUCAUCUUGGAGGUACCCCACGGAAGGUCCUAUACCAUAGUGAAAGUAGGUUGUUACUUGUGAUGAGAACUGAACUUAGCAAUGACACAAGUUCAUCUGACAUUUGUUGUGUUGAUCCACUCAGUGGUUCAGUAGUAUCAUCUUUUAAACUUGAACCUGAAGAAACAGGAAAAUCCAUGGAGUUGGUGAGGGUUGGAAAUGAACAGGUUUUGGUUGUUGGAACUAGUCUUUCUUCUGGUCCAGCUAUAAUGCCAAGUGGUGAAGCUGAAAGUACGAAGGGUCGUCUAAUAGUCCUCUGCCUUGAGCACUUGCAAAAUUCAGAUAGUGGUUCGAUGACAUUCUGUUCAAAGGCUGGGUCGUCUUCUCAACGAACUUCACCAUUUCGUGAAGUUGUUGGUCAUACUGCGGAACAGCUAUCGAGCAGUAGUCUUUGCAGUAGCCCAGACGGUAGCUGUGAUGGAGUCAAACUUGAAGAAACUGAAGUAUGGCAGUUACGAUUGGCAUAUGCAACCAAAUGGCCCGGAAUGGCACUGGCACUCUGUCCAUAUCUUGAUCAUUACUUCUUGGCAUCUGCUGGUAGUACUUUUUAUGUAUGUGGUUUUCCAAAUGAUAAUCCCCAAAGAGUGAGAAAGUUAGCUAUAGCAAGGACACGAUUUACAAUAAUAUCAUUAACUGCAUAUUUCACUAGAAUUGCUGUUGGUGAUUGCCGUGAUGGUAUCCUUUUUUAUUCUUAUCAUGAGGAUACUAGAAAACUGGAGCAAGUUUAUUGUGAUCCAUCACAGAGAUUAGUUGCUGAUUGUGUCCUUAUGGAUGUUGAUACAGCGGUGGUUUCAGAUCGUAAGGGAAGCAUUGCUCUCUUGUCGUGUUCAAAUCUUUCAGAGCGUAAUGCAAGUCCAGAAUGCAACUUGACUUUGAGUUGUGCAUAUUAUAUGGGUGAAAUAGCCAUGAGCAUAAAGAAGGGAUCAUUUUCAUAUAAACUCCCCGCUGAUGAUGUGUUGAUAGGAUGUGAUGGUUUUGGUGUGAAUAUUGAUGCCUCAAACAACACUAUAAUGGCUAGUACACUUUUGGGAAGCAUAAUAGUGUUCAUUCCUUUGACAAGGGAAGAACACGAACUCCUAGAAGCUGUCCAAGCCAGACUUGUGGUUCAUCCUUUGACUGCUCCAAUUUUAGGAAAUGAUCAUAGAGAGUUCCGUAGCCGUGAAAACCAGGUUGGAGCACCUAAGAUGCUUGAUGGUGAUGUGCUGGCUCAAUUUUUGGAGCUAACAAGUGUACAACAAGAGGCGAUAUUGUCAUUACCUCUUGGUCAACUGGAUACUGUUAAAACAGGUUCAAAAUCUCCUCUCCCUAUCCCAGUUAAUCAAGUCGUGCAACUCCUUGAGCGGGUUCAUUAUGCUCUCAAUUAAAUAGAUCUUUCAUCUCACUAAUUUGGUUGCUGUGGUUGGAGCAAUAAAAUUUUCAAAACCAACAAAUUUCAUGGGGUUUUUAUUUUAAAUUGCCCCAUGAAACCCUUAAACCCAAGUAUCAUGAUUAGUAUUCAAACCUGGCUGCAAGAUGGAAGCUGUUAUUAUCUUGAAGCUAACUGAUACAGACAUGAAGCCAAAAGUUCAUAUAGUCGCUCGAUAUCUGGAGUUCAUUGAAACAUCAGUGGAGUUCAUAUGUAGAACAGGUGUGAAAUCAUUAUUUUAAUUUCAAGCGAGUUUAACACCCCCCCAUCAUGUCUAACCUUUGUAUUAUAGCUAUUCAUAUUUCUUGUGGUGUGGGAAGGCCAUAGGAAAUAUGAUUAUGUAUUGUAAGUUCAUGAUCUACAAAUAUAGACAAUGGUUCUUGUAAAGUUCUUGCCUGCGUUACAAUUCAUAAUAUUCUUUGUGCAUAAA